CGUUAUACUGAAUUUGGUCUGGGUAGUGGCGUAGAUCCCUUUGGUACUGUGGAGCAAGAAGUACCAUUCGGUCGCCGUAGUGGUGAUCCCGUAUACAUAAUCGAAAUCAGUGUUAACCUUAUCUAG